GUUGCCAUUCUCCACGGAGACCUAAUGAUAGGUGACUUGGUCGUUCUCGAACAAGAACACGAAGUUGCCUCAACCCUAAUUACCUGGAACAUCCGGGGUCACGAUGCAAAUGUGGAGCAUGCGUUCCACAUUCACAAGUAUGGCGACAACACCAAUGGGUGCACUUCAGCUGGGCCACGUUAUUCCAUGGGCACCACAACACAUAUGCCGCUAACAUGUCGACCGCGGAUAUGCCGAACGCAACGUUGGUAUCUCGGAAAUUUCAAAAGCAUCUCAAUCGGGUCUUUCAGUGAUAUUUUGGUCAAAUUGUCCGGGUCCUAUAGUAUCUUGGGUCGGACGCUGGUCGUGCAUGCCGGAAAAGAUGACCUUGGUCGAGGUCAAAAACCAGAACCAGAAAUUACUAUAAAUGCUUCAGCUCGGCCCAUCUGUGGUACAAUGCCCAAUUUCUUAUGUGCUACGUUAUUUGCGUAG